AGUUUGAAGAAUUACAUCACUCGUUUCAAUGAACGGGUACAAAACAUGGAACCGUGCCAUCAGGAGACCCUGCUCGUUUCGGCAUAUUCAGGACUGAGAACAAACUCGAUGUUCAAAUGGACCCUCUGCCAAAACAAACCUCAGACGUAUCACGAAUUUUUUAUGAAAGCUCAAGAACAUAUCAUGGCAGAAGAAAACAUGUCCGUCCCGUCGUUCCCAGCCCUGAACGAGCAAAUUGCCAAAGCAAAGGAGAUAUCAUAUGAACAGUUGGUACAGAUGAUUAAUGCAAAAUGUCAGUUUGAAGAAGGUUGGACAAUUCAGGAGAUUACUAUGAUGAUUAGCCAACCUGAUGGUUCGUGGAAUCAUGCAAUGCUCAAUAAUGAUAGUUUUGAAUGGAUUUAUUACUUUCCUAGUAUGUCCAUGGUGUAUUUGCAUUUAUCGUUGCAGGCAAAUACACCCGUUACACAGUUUGAGGAUUUUACUCCUUGUUACGGGGGAGUGUUUGAUGUCGAGGGUACAUCGACUUCUCAUGUACCUAAUUUUGGAGAAGGGACAUCGAGAGAAUGGGCGGCGGAUGAGGAUGAUGAAGAUUUUAUUCCCGGUGAAGAUGACUUCACAGAUGAGACCUCAGAAACCGAAUUAGAUAGAUCGGUUAAUGAGAAGAGUGAAGCCGAGUUCAUCGAAGAAGAACACCCAUUUCCUAUUGGUGGUCGGCACAUAUACCGCGAGAUGGGUGAAUGGGACCCAUCCAGGAUAGAUGCGAACGAGUAUGCUAUUCCACGGUGGAAUGGCGACAUUGAGACCAUACGUUUGGGUACAGUUUUCCAGAGCAAGGAAGAAGCCCAAACGGGUCUAAUGGCUUGGAACGUCGAUAGGUUGCGGGAGGUUCGGACAAAAGAUUCAAAUCAGAAGUCAUUCAAACUGGUCUGCAAAUCGAAUGCAGAUGUGCCUUGUCUGUGGAAGGCUCGGGUGAAUAAGUACAGACGGCGUGAUGAUUUGUGGGAAGUAACUGAAUGGACUGACCAACACACUUGCAUGCAACAGGUCGACAGAAAUGACCACAGAAACGUGAUCGCCCAUAUGAUUGCAAAUCUUAUAAUUAAUAAGAUUCAGAAGAAAGUAGAGUACAACAUUAACAUGGUCCAGGCUGAUGUGAAGCAGUGUUGGAAAGUCGACGUCAGUUACAAGAAGGCAUGGCACGGCAGAAAAAAAGGAAUCGAGUGUGUGUACGGCAGUUGGGAGUCGAACUUCGCAGAACUCCCUCA